UGUCUGAACCCUUUUUUGGUUCUCUCAGUUUGCAAGAAACUCAUCUCUCUCUCUCUCUCUCUCUCUCUCUCUGAACUCAUAGCCAAGAAGAACGCAGAAAUUGACUUCACACCAGAACCAUGUCUUCCCCAAGCAAACGCAGAGAGAUGGACUUGAUGAAACUGAUGAUGAGUGAUUACAAGGUGGAAAUGAUCAAUGAUGGAAUGCAUGAAUUCUAUGUGGAUUUCCAUGGACCCACUGACAGUAUUUAUCAGGGAGGUGUGUGGAGGAUAAGAGUUGAGCUACCAGAUGCUUAUCCCUAUAAAUCUCCCUCAAUAGGCUUUGUCAAUAAGAUCUACCACCCAAAUGUUGAUGAGAUGUCUGGCUCAGUUUGUUUAGAUGUUAUCAAUCAGACGUGGAGCCCCAUGUUUGAUCUGGUAAACGUAUUUGAAGUGUUCUUGCCACAGCUUCUGCUGUAUCCCAAUCCAUCUGACCCUUUAAAUGGAGAGGCUGCAGCUUUGAUGAUGCGUGACCGACCUGCUUAUGAACAAAGAGUUAAAGAAUUCUGUCUGAAGUAUGCCAAGCCUGAGGAUAUAGGAGCUGCCCCGGAAGAAGAAUCAAGUGACGAGGAAAUGAGUGAUGCUGAAUCUGAUUCUUGCGAUGAUCAAGUGGCAGGUCAAGCCGAUCCAUAGGGAUUUCAGGGCCCUCGUUCUUUAAAAACAGUUUGUAUCUCUGUACAUGAUGUUGUAGCUUUUGCUUAAUUCAUCCCAAACUCCAAACAAGACUGGAUAUUGGGAAGGGAAAGAAAAUUUCCCAGCUUGUAUCAGUUUCCUUUGCCCCUGUAAAUAAUUGUACUAUUUGUUUUCAUGCAUCAAUCCUUCGUUUGCUUUGUUCA